UUAAGACUUAAACAAAAUUUCACGAGGUGGCAGACGUGUGAAGAAAAAGGGAUUCGCCUUCGCCGGAUCCACUGGUACUUCUCGCGGCCAGGUCCGAAAAAAUUGUUAACCCAAAAGCCUCGGUAGUGCAUAAAUAUUUUAGGUUCUUGCAUUUUUUUUUCCAACUGUUUUCUGCUUCUUUUCCUGCGAAAACAAAAGAGUAGAGAUUGCUUUGUGGGAAGUGAAGAAGAUGGAUUCUGACCCGCGGCAGUAUGAGAACAUUGGCGUGAAUAAUAAUGACAUCAACAAGAUUAUUCUAUCAUAUCUUGUGCACAAUUGCUACGAAGACACGUUGAAUGCUUUCAUUGCAUGUACUGGGGAAAAGCACCCCGUCCGUAAUCUGGAGGAUUUGGAGAAAAGGAAACAAAUAUACCAUGUGGCAUUGGACGGGAAUGCGUCUGAGGCCAUCCGUUUGACAGAAGAAUUUGCUCCUGGCUUGUUGGAUGAUGAUAAGACUUUACAUUUUGACCUCUUGAGUCUUCAAUUUAUUGGGAUUGUGUGCUCUAGAAAACUUGAUGAUGCUUUACAUUUUGCUCAGUCCAAGUUGAAUCCCUUUGCGAAAGAACAGAGAUUUGUGGACCAGCUUAAAGACUGUGUUGGUCUUCUUGUUUAUGACGAACCAGAGAAGUCCCCAAUGUUCCAUCUGUUUAGCCUAGAACGUAGACAGCACAUUGCAGACAGUUUAAACAGAGCAAUUCUGGCACACACUAAGCUUCCCAGCUACUCGGUAAUGGAAAGGCUAAUACAGCAGACAACCGUUGUUGGACAGUACUUAAGUCAAGAAUUCAGCAAGGUGCGAAGUUCGGUGGGCAAUAAUUUCCCAUCAACCCAAGAUUCGAGAGCAAGAGCAGCCCAAAUUGAAUUUGAAGGUGGAGAUGACGGUGAUGAAGAGGAGAUGAAUCUUCUCCUCGAGGGAGGCCCGGCAAUCGAGCCCGAGCAACCAAUGGAGGAGGAUAUUUCGGACUUGCACGAGAUGAUGAGUGCCCUCUACUCAGAAGUGCAGGGACUCCGGAAUGAAGUGGCGGAGUUGCAGGAGGGACUCCGGGCUGAUGUCACGGAGAUGCGAGUAGACCUUAAUGAAAUAAGAAUCGACGUCCGGUCAAUCCUUCAGAUCCUUCAACGAAAUGCGGGACGCAAUCUCCUUUCGCCACCUCAGCAGUAGCUGACUACUACUUGUUAGCCACCUAAGAUAUGUCAUUUUCUUCAUUCAAACUAAUUCUUUUUUUUUUUUUUU